AACAACUGUCAAUGCAGGAGGAAAACAGCACCGAAUAAUCACAGUCCUGUCUAUACUCUCUCUCUCUCUCUCCCUCUCCCCCCUCCUAGGCUCCUACUUUCAAAUUCUCUCUCUAAAAAACUCUUCCCCUCCUCCCCCAAAAAUGUACCAUCCGAUCGUCCCCUACACACCGGCCAUGGACUCCGCCGACGACGAGAUAACCGACAUUUCCGGUUCCGUCAGGGCGGUGGAAAACCUCCUCGAGUACUCGUUCAACAACAAGAUGCUACUCGAGGAGGCCCUGACCCACCCUUCCUACACCGAAUCGGCGUCGUACCAGCGCCUCGAGUUCCUCGGCGACGCUGCCCUGGGACUCGCCCUAUCCAACGUCCUGUUCUUAGCUCACCCCGACCUCGAUCCCGGCCAGCUCUCUCUUCUCCGCUCCGCUAACGUCAGUACCGAGAAGUUUGCUAGAGUCGCCGUCCGCCACGGCCUCCACCGUUACGUCCGUCACACCGCCACCGCUCUUGAUGAGAAGGUGAAUGAAUUUGCAUUGGCAGUUCAAGAGGAGGAGGAUACGGUUGUGCAUGGAGGGGAGGUGAAAGCGCCAAAGGUUCUGGCUGACAUUGUUGAGUCUGUGGCUGGGGCUGUUUAUGUUGAUUGUAAUUUUGAUCUGCGAGUUUUUUGGGAGAAAUUUGGAAGACUGUUGGAGCCAAUUGUUGAGCCUGAAAUUCUCCAGAAACAACCACAGCCAGUGACUAUGCUUUAUGAAUUGUGCCAUAAAGAUGGCAGGCAAGUGGAUAUCAAGCACUGGAGGAAAAGAGAAAAGGACAUUGCAAGCAUAUACGUGGGUGGGCAAUUCAUUGCCUCAGCAUCUUCCGAAAACAAGGAAAAUGCAAAGCUACAUGCAGCCAGGGAAGCUUUGAAGAAGUUAUGCGUGUCUGAAAAAAUGGAUGUUGAUUGCAGCUAUAUCGAUGGAACAACAAAGAUCGAUGGAGCGAAGCAGAAAUUACAUGAGCUUUGUGGAAAGAAAAGAUGGCCAAAACCAUGUUAUCGAAUUGUGGAAGAGUCUGGCCCUUUUCAUGAGAAGAGAUAUGUAUGUUCAGUCGAGAUCAAUACAGUCGACAAAGUGUUGCAUGUGAAAGGAGAUGAAAAGUCCAGAGUUAAAGAUGCUGAAAAUUCUGCUGCUUCGUGGAUGAUUCGGGGAUUACGAGAAUCGAAGUUUAUAUAAGUUUUCAUGUUCCAAACAACUUCGAAAGGAGAUGAAAAGCCGAGAGUUAAAGAUGCUGAAAAUUAUGUGCUUCGAAAGGAGUAUCUAAGUGUAUUUAGGUUUUCUAUGUUCUAGACUUUAACUCUGGUAAGGUUGUGGUGUGAUCUUGAUAGAUACCAUAGUCUACGCUGUAAUCUUUUUACUACUUCGGAUGAGACUCCAUUGUCCAAUCAAAUGUAAAUAAUUAUACUCCAAUCAACUAUGGUCUUUAGCUGUCUAAUAAUAAUUUAGAUUGGACCCA